CUCUCUCUCUCUCUCUCUCCCCUGGGACCCUAUUUUCUUGUUCAAUCACUGCCCCAACUAACAAGGGCUUAGCCCUGCUGACCCGUAGUCUUUUCCUCCAUAGAUUUACACUUAAUGAUGAUGAUGAUUAGUUCUAAACUUAUGGUGUGUUAGGUACUUAGGUUCAGUGGUACAGAUACAGUGGUAUCUGUUUCUGGUUUACUACUACUUUUUAAUAAUCUUCAUAUAGGCGAUUCUCGACAAAAGAAAUGCUAGCUGCGGUUUGUAGAUCGUGCAGAUCCUGACCACCCUUUUCAUCUGGUUAAUCUGUGUGAAUCUUGGUGAAAAAUAUGUCUAAAAAUGCCCCGAGCCUGAGAUGAAGAUUCUAUUACUGGCAAGGCACAAUCUUUAUAAAGCGAGCUAGAUCCUCGAUAAAUUUAUCCAGCAAUAAGAAUUAACAAUAACUGCUUUCCUCUUGGACUUGUUUCAUCUGGUUUUCUGAUAAUUGAUUGGUGCUGUUAGUGAUUCACUUGAAGAAAAAGCCAUGAUAAAAAAUUUUCUGAAUAAGCUUCCAAGGAAGCAGGGCAAGUUAGCAGAAAUCCGUGAUGGAGGAUCCUCUAACGUCCCCCCAAAUGCAACUACUUCAAGAAACAAUGGCUCCCGAGCAGGCAAUUCAAACGGUGCAAUUCUUUCUGGGACAAAUCAUGUGAAUAAACUGCACGAUCCAUUUAAUACUAAGUCAUACGGGCUCAAUGGACCCAUGCCAUUUGAGGCCCUACCUAGUUUUAGAGAUGUUCCGAAUGGCGAGAAGCAAAACUUGUUCAUCAGAAAGAUGAACUUGUGUUGUCAAGUAUUCGACUUCACUGACCCCACAAAAGAUGUGAAAGAGAAAGAGAUCAAACGGCAGACUCUAGUGGAGCUCGUCGAUUAUAUUGCCUCUGCAAAUGGAAAAUUCGGGGAAAAUGUUCUUCAAGAUAUUAUCAGAAUGGUGUCUGCAAAUUUAUUCCGCACUCUCCCCACUCAAUCUACCGAAAACAAAGUUUUAAAUGGUUUUGAUGUGGAAGAAGAGGAGCCUCUAAUGGACCCCGCAUGGCCUCACCUGCAAAUCGUGUACGAAUUCCUUCUCAAGUUCGUAACUUCUCCCGAGACAGAUGCUAAGCUCGCAAAACGCUACCUCGAUCACGCUUUUGUCCUAAAACUGUUAGAUCUCUUUGAUUCUGAAGAUCCUAGAGAGAGGGAGUAUUUGAAGACUGUCCUUCACCGCAUUUACGGCAAGUUCAUGGUGCACCGCCCUUUUAUUAGGAAGGCGAUAAAUAACAUAUUCUACCGUUUUAUUUUCGAAACCGAGAAGCAUAACGGGAUUGCGGAGCUUUUAGAGAUCUUGGGGAGCAUUAUAAAUGGAUUUGCUUUGCCAUUAAAGGAAGAGCACAAGCUUUUCCUAGUUCGGGCUCUCAUCCCGCUUCACAAACCAAAGUGCUUGCCAAUGUACCAUCAGCAACUAACUUAUUGCAUCACGCAGUUUGUGGAGAAGGAUUGCAAGCUUGCCGAUACUGUUAUUAGGGGCUUGCUUAAGUACUGGCCAAUAACAAAUAGUUCAAAGGAGGUUAUGUUUUUGGGUGAGCUUGAGGAAGUGCUGGAAGCUACUCAGCUUCCUGAGUUUCAACGUUGUAUGGUCCCUUUGUUUCGACAGAUUGGUCGUUGCCUGAGCAGUUCACAUUUUCAGGUGGCAGAACGGGCUCUCUUCCUAUGGAACAAUGAUCAUAUCGAGAACAUGAUCAAACAAAACCGUAAAGUUAUACUCCCAAUCAUCUUCCCUGCACUGGAGAAAAAUUCAAGAAAACACUGGAAUCAGGCAGUACAAAGCCUCACGCUAAACGUCCGCAAAAUCUUUUCCGAUAUUGACCCUGAGCUGUUUGAGGAGUGCUUACUCAAAUUCCAAGAGGACGAGGCCCAAGAAGAAGAAAAUAACACGAAACGCAUGGCAAUAUGGAGACGUUUGGAAGAAAUAGCCCGGACGAAAGCUGCUAGUAAUGAGACUAUGCUUGCUCGUCUCAAGAUAAGCAGUAAUGGAUCACUUUCUGGGUGAAAUGGUACUGUGUUAUGUCUUGCAGUUGGUGGACAGCUAUUGUGGGCUUUGGUAUGGGGCUUCUGAGUUUCGUAAUCCGAUCAGAUCACAUGGGCUGAUGGAUGUUGUGGUCCAUGGCCCAAUCAUCACCCUUUUUUGAUAUAGAAACAGCCAAACAAAGACUGUGGUGUAUAUAAACAAUAUAAUUCUGCAGCCAAACAACAAAGGGUUAUAGUAUUCUUUGCUGUGGAGAGUUUUAAGUAACCAAAGAAAGAGUCCAUAUUUUUCUUGCACUUGAGCUAUUGGAAUGAUUUUGGAAUUGAAAGGCUUGUAUUUUAUUUUAUUUUUCUCUUGGUGGAUCUGUGUAAAAUUUUGAAGAUUGUUGAAUUUCCGGGGUUUUCCACAUAAAUAUUUCAACAAUAAUAUCGGUAUAAUCAUAUUUCUUAGUAAAAUA